CGUGGGCGGGCCAGGAUACCUGCGCGGGGCCGGGCGGGAAUCGCGGCUAGGCGGCUGAAGUGGCGUGGGGCGGUGGCCGACAUGUUCCAGGGUGCGGAUGGCGGGGCCGGCCGGGCAGCUUCCAGAGCCAUGAAACCCCCAGGAGGAGAAUCUAGCAAUCUUUUUGGAAGUCUGGAAGAAGCUGUUCCUUCAAACAGGCCUAAUAGGAUGGCAUCUAAUAUUUUUGGACCAACUGAAGAACCUCAGAACAUACCCAAGAGAACAAAUCCCCCAGGAGGGAAAGGAAGUGGAAUCUUUGAUGAAUCAACUCCUGUGCAGACCCGACACCGUCUGAACCCACCUGGUGGGAAGACUAGUGACAUUUUUGGUUCCCCAGUCACUGCAACUUUACCCUUGGCACACCCAAACAAACCCAAGGACCACACACUUUUGUGUGAAGGAGAAAACCCAAAAUCAGAGCUAAAAGUUGCAACAAGCACCUCGUCACAAGAAGAGCUGGGAACAAAGGGAAGCUCAAGAGAAGUGGACCACACCAAGGAGCUGGAGCCCAUGCCCACAGUCGACAACCAUGAGCCCAGGUUGGGGCCACGGCCUCGCUCUCAUAACAAGGUCCUGAACCCGCCUGGAGGCAAAUCCAGCAUCUCCUUCUACUGAGAGGCUCCUUGUAGCCAGACCAGAAACUCGAAAUAGGGUAUAAGAUGUUACCAUCUUUAGCCCAAAAGAAUGGGGUGGGAGGGUUUGUGUGUGUAUGAGGCUGGUUGCUCAGAGCUCUCCUGUGGUCCUGAGAACUGCACUGAAGUCCAUGCCUUCCUGACUGUUGAGGGACUCAUCUGUUGGGAAACAGUGGGACUCCCUUGGGGUCUACCCAUUUGUUGUUGCUGAUGGAGCAGAACUCUAAUAUGGAUGAGGGGAGGGAGAUGGUGCAGGGUAGCAGGAGGGUUAGAUUUUCCUUUGCAUCAGUGAUCUGCUGACUGAGCAUCUUAAAGCUUUUGAAAGAAAACAUGACAAUCUGUCUAUUUCUGUGGGACAGAGGAAAUAAGCAUGAGCAGAAACACUAAGGAGGCAGGGAUUUAGCUCAGUGGUUCCACCGCCUGCCUCAAAAGCUCAAGGACCCGAGUUCAAUCCCCGGUACAAAAAAAAAAGAAACACUAAGAAGAUUUUGAAGUCUCUGUGCACCCCCUUUAGAUCCUAAUGGUAUUUACUUGUCACCAAUAUGGCUCUCACUUCUGAGAUUACUGUUGAACCCCAGUGUCUCCUUUUCAUUUUAUGCCCACUGUAUCGUCCUGCACUCUUCGUUGCUCUUCCUCAUCAGCAGCCAACAAAACUGAGCAGUUGUCUUCAGUCUGGUGCUCUACAGAAGGUUUUUGUGCCCUGAUCCUCUGAGUUGCCCAGUUCCUGUAUCUAGUUCCCUGGCCAGCUCUCAUGCAGCUGUCUGCCUUUCCCUACAGGAACUUAAUUGUGGUCCUUAGCAUGCCAGGUUUGCUUGUGUUGUUCCUUUUUUGUUUUUCCUUUCAUCAGCCUUUGUUCCUCAUUGGUGAUGUAGCAUUCCCUUGCCAAGCCACAGCUCUUCCUACAUGUGAGGCCUACUGGCCUCUGCAGGGCUUAAAAUCUACUUGGUUAUGUCUGAGCACUGGGCUUAUUCAAACUUUUGCUGUGUUUCACUUUGUUUCUCUUUUUGGUGAAGAAGAUAGUCUGAGAACCUUGGAUUCUUAGGUUGACUUCUUUAACAGUAUUUAAAAAAAAAACUUUUUUAAGAAUCAGCUUCACAAAAAUGCCUAUGGACUCCAUUUCUGACAACUUCCAGAAAAAAAGUCCCUUGCUUAGGCACACCAAAGAGGAAGAAGAGCUACUUGAGCCACUUUUUAAAAGCUUUGCAGAACCUCCAGGUCAUAUUCGCAAACAUUGCUCCUUAGACCAUGAUGUUAAUUUGGCAGCAGAGUCACAACUGUCCUUCACUAGUGAAGAUACAGAUCUGGCAAAAGUCAUGUUGCUUCAUUUAUCAGGCAGAGGUAACCCUGGAAGGGCUGCAGCCUCAGUUCCCUGCUUUAAGAUGACAGGAGAGGGUCAGAUGGUGAUGCUACUGCUCUGAAUGCCUACAAAGCUCAUACCAGGUGCUAGAAACCUCAUCAUUAUUAAACUUGGAAAAGCAACAGCUCUGUGCAGUUAUACUUACAUUGGCCUAGCUGUUUUUAAGUGCCUGCAGUAGUACCAAGUGCUAAGCUCUACAUCUUGUUCCUGGCACAUUGAGGAGUCUAUACAUGUCAACCAAAGAGUUUCCCCCUUCAGUUGCCCUGCAGACUUUAGAGCCAGGAGACACAAAUUCCAGGUGAUAUCAUGAGAACUCAAAUGGGUUGUGGUUCAAAGUCAUUUAUGAGAAUGUCAUUUGAAAUUAAGGCAUUAGUGUUUUCCCUUUUUUUAAAGAGUCUUAAAUGAUGCUUAGCUUUUUAAGUGCAAACACACUAACUUGUUUAACUUACAAGAAAGUAUUCUAAUAGUAAUAAUGAACACCAUUUGUGACUGUAUUUUCUCACAAAAUGAUCUGUGAAUUCCAAAUUGGGUUGCCAAGAAGAACUGUGACAUUAGUAUACUGCCCCUCUGUUAUCAACCCAGUGCAAAGGAGGCUCCUAUUUCCACCCACUGGCAGGGAUUUCUGGGUGGAAAUGGGGAAAUGGAACUUACACCAGUGGCCUCUGGGCAGCAGAGCACCCUGCCUUGCUCUUAUGUCCUUCAUGCCUUAUCCCCCUCUAAGCUUAGGGCCUGGGCAGUGCCCUCAGUGCCAGGAGAAGUGGCCCUGCCCAGGUAAGCCCGGCAGUGUGUUGUCACUUGGAUUAGGAAAAUGCUGUCUGCAUCAAAGUCGCAUCCUGUUCUCAAUCUCCAAGCUGCAUUGAGAAAAUACCGAUCUCGGUAUUUUUAUUAAGCCUUAAAACUUUUAAGUGCAUUUGGUGCCAACAUUUUUCUACAGCUGUAUCAAAGCAAGAAACCCGUCCUCACAUCACAAUGUAAUUUUGAUAGGAACCUUUUUUAUUUUUACAAGGCAGAAUUGGGUAGAACAGUUGAAUUAAAUUUAGUAACUGAACUCA